GAGUCCGGCCGCUGCCCUUGCUGUCGCCAUGGAGACGGGACCCGCGGCCUGACCCGAGCCGAGGAGCCUUUGGUCCAGCAGGGCCCGCCCUGAGGAAGAGGGCCCCUCAGCGCCCUCCCGUUCCCGGGCAUGAGGCGGGUGCGUGGCCGCCCGGAACCACCACUGCGUUGGGGGGGGGGAAGGAUCUGAAAGAAUAGUGGCUUCCCUAAAGUCACCUAGUGAGUCCAUGAUUGAGAGAAAAAGGCUGUGGGCCUUAUGAGAACAUUUUAAGAGCUACAUGAUCAGAUUAAGAAGGCCUGCACUGUGAAAUUGUGGCCACCAUCUUGAGGCUGGGAUGAACAUCUGCAAUAAACCACCUAAUAAGACAGCACCAGAGAAGAGCGAUGAAGCCGCUUUUGAGGCCCAGUCCCAGCAUGCCCGGAGAAAUGGCUGGAGCUGGCCUCCACAUCCAUUCCAGUUCGUUGCCUGGCUGCUCUUCCUCUUCUUUGCACUGGUUGGCUUUGGCAUCCUUGUGCCGCUCUUGCCUACUCACUGGGUUCCUGCUGGGUAUAUAUGCCCUGGAGUGUUUUUUCUCUGCCAUCUAGUAGUUCAUCUUGCAGCCAUUUCUAUUGACCCAGCUGAUGAAGGUGUGCGAGAAAAGAAUUACCAGGGGCCACUCAGCACAUUCAAUCGAAGCCAGCAUGCUCAUGUCAUUGAAAACCGCCACUGUCACAUCUGUGAUGUCGAUGUGAGCUCCAGAUCGAAGCACUGUGGGACCUGCAACAAGUGUGUGUGUGGAUUUGAUCAUCACUGCAUGUGGCUCAACAACUGUGUGGGAGAGAGGAACUAUUGGCUCUUUCUGAAUAGCGUGAUAUCUGCCAUCCUGGGCCUUCUCCUAACCCUGCUCAUCGCUUUCUACGUUUUUGUGGAGUUCUUCCUUAACCCCAUGACGUUACGCACCAACCAGCACUUUGAAGGCUUGAAGAACCAAACAGAUGUGUGGUUUGUCUUUCUUCCUGCUGCUCCCAUUGAGACUCACGCACCUGCCAUUUUGGCUUUGACUGGUGUUCUUAUUCUCCUGGGGCUGCUGACUCUGUUCCUGUUGGGCCACCUGCUGGUCUUCCACAUUUACCUCAUGUGGCAUCGAAUGACCACCUACGAAUACAUUGUGCAGCAGCGUCCCCCACAGGAGAUGAAGGAUCCUGACAAGCAGCUAGAAUCCUGCCCUCCUCAAGUGAGGCCCAUUCAGGAGAUGCAGUUUUAUGGAGGAAGCCUUGGCUAUACCAAUCCUGAUAUCCAGGUGGAGGAUUCUUCGGGAUUAGCAUCUGGGAAAGAUGUAAUCAAGUUCUGUAUCCGCAGCGAUGGCUCAGAUUCCAAGCUCAUCCUCACCCCGGAGCUUCCAGGGGUGCAAGCUGGAGACCAGCCACAGAAAAAGAAGAGGAAGAAAAGAAGAAAGAAGUUGCGUAAGGUUCCCUCUUCUGUGUUAGAAGAAAGAUCGAAGAUGCCUGAUGACCCAUGGUCCUCUCUUCCAGCUUUCCAGCCAGAAUUGUCCAUCACAGCUGCCACCUCCUUGACUUCUUCAUCCUCUAGCCUUCGCCUCCCCAUUCCAGCUGCCACACCCAAAGUAGUCACACCCACGGGCAGCAACGGUCCGGUCCAGGCUGCAGGUCCUCCAGCUGACUACCAUUCUGAGUCAGCAGAGUCCAUGGAAGAGAUCCCUGUGGCUCAGACGCGUUUGGGGAGCAGUGCUCCAAGUGGCGCUUCCCAGAGCAGUACUCGGCAUCUUCCUUUCCCCACUGCUCACUCUAGAGGGGAAGGAGAGAAGCACCAGGCCGCUGGGCACAACCCAAAAGGCAAGAACUGUCAGUCAGCUACAGGGCAGCAGGUGGAAGAGCUGGAACUAUCUCCUAAAAUCCCAGCUGUCUUUGUCAGCAAAAGUAGUGGGGAGCCACCUGUCACUAAACCCUGGUCUGAUGAAACAUCAUCUGAACCCCCCCACAGAAAAUGUUCCAGCAAACGGCCAGUGGAUGAUCAGGACUGCCGCAUAUGGAACUCAAGCACCAGUUCAACUGCAGCUUAGACACCUGAUGUCCUAAAAGCUGAUGGAGAAGAAGGGAUGUGUGGGCUGCUCACUCCAAAUAUAUUAAUAUUCAAGGAUUUUAUCUUGAGCGAUCUGUCUUGCUGUCUGGAGCUGGCUGGUCAUGGUUCCUUGUUAACAUGCUUUUUUUGGAGUGGGGGGAAGAGGGUUUAUUCCAUCAUCUUCAUAGCUCUUGCAGCUAAAUUGUUUUGCCUUUGGAGGGCAAGCAAAUUGUAGAACCCUCCUGUUCUUCAACAGUCUUCCCUCACCGACAUGGCCCAGUGGGUUUGAAGAUUUAGGGCUAAGACUUAUAGAUGCUGGGUUUCUUAUUCCAAGCUCUGUUAUGGACCCCACAGAAGCAAGCGUAUGCCUUUUGCCUAACAUGGCGUGUUCCCAUGAGGUGCCAAAAAGAACUACGAUCCCUUCCACUGUGCAAGGAGGGAGGCAAUCGUGGGAACGUUGCUAGUCCUCCAGUAGCAUGGAUUACAUUCUCUCCUGGAAACGGUUCCCUUUUGUUCUGUCUCUCUCUGUCUGAAAGGGAAGAUGCACAGGGCUUUCCCUCUUCUGUGAUGGCCUUGUGAUGCAAGUUCCUUUAAAAAAACAAAAAAAAACUGGCAUCACAUGGGACACUUGCAUCCAUUCCCAAGGGCCAGUACCGGUUGGUUCGCUUGAGUAGCUUCCCUUGUACAUGCUGUCUUGGUAGCAUAAGGCCCAUUGCGGGAUGAUGGUACGUGAUGAGACAAGGUCCUUGGACGAGGCUCCUGAGACUGAUGUUGGACUCGGGUUGCAGACAAGACAGACUGAGAAAAGGCUUGUGAACUUCCUCGGUGUUUCAUUGUUUUCUUUUGGGGAGGGACCAUACGAUGGAGCACAUGCUUUGCUGCUCAGUCGGGGUGGGGAACCUGUGGCCUUCCAGAUGUUGUUGGACUUCCAGAAGCCCCAGCCAGCAGGACCACUGGGAGUUGUAGCCCAACAAUUUCUGGAGGGGCAGCAGGUUCCCAACUCCUGACCUAGAGGUUGCAUCCUUGACAUCUGUAGAUUCAAAAAGGCUCAGGUAGCAGGUGGUGUGAAAGGCACUCUUCUUAAGACCCUGGAGAGCUGCUGCUAGUCAGAGAAGACAAUACUUGGCUAGAUGGACAAAUGGUAUGACCUGGUACAAAGCAGCUUCAGAUGUUCAUGCAGCAAUCAAUAUCCUGGGGCUGCUUGAACAGCUCUGUUUACAAUUAAUUUUUAUCUGUGCUCUUUGCUAAAUAUUUUCCUUUCCCACCCCCUUUUGUGCCCUGCCUUUGGUGAGGAUGAGCAGCAGUGUUGCCUCUCCAGAGGCCCAGCCUGUCUCAGUGCAACUCUGGUUCAGUCCUCACUGCACCACCACUCAGCUCUUGACAUGUAUAAGUAUUUUGUGGGGUUGCAGCCAACACUUAAAUCCAUCAUCAAAUGACACUUUUCAGCUAGCUAAGUACUCUUAACAAUCCCCAGAUGUUAUCAGUAGAGAUAAAAAUCAGAUGUGUCUUCUGAACGGACGGAACCACAACUCAAGUAGCAGAGCUUGGGUUCGAUUCCUGGCAUUUUAAAUGCAAUGAUCUCAGUACCAGGGCUGGGAAAAACCCUGCUCUGUUUAAGGCCCUGGUGAGCUGCUGCCAGUCAGCAUAAAAAGCACAGAGCUAAAUGGAUUGAUGGCCUGUAUUGGUAUAAGGCACCUUCAUAUGUUCAACAUAUUAGAAAUGACCCAUUAUGCAAAACAUAACUAAGAUGCUUGGAACAGUCGUGGUUCUAGGCAUGUUGAAGUCUGCCAGAAGCUAGAAAUUAAAGUCCUGUAGCAUACUUAGAUCAUACUUGCUGAUCUAGAUUAAUCUGGAAUUCUACCCUGCCAUAGGGGGUCCGAUCAGGUGUCUUCUAAGGGCAUAAGUGAAAUGUGGCAGCGGAAGAUCUGUAAUUGGAAUGGAUGCCUGUAUGUUUUGUCCUCUGAAGCAAAUGGCAGCUUUUAAUAAGUUAUUAUGGCUAUUAAGGUUUUAAUGUGCAUUGUUGGAUCUUACAAAACCAAACCUCUAGAGGGCAGCAUCUGAAUAGAAGUGCACCCCUCCCCAGCAUCACUUGCCAUUUGUCUCCCUGUUUUGAGCUGAUUUGCUUGAAGGAUUUACCUUGACAGCUGCAGCACUCCCUCUCGCUAAUCACCUGGAGGCAGCUGGAAGGUUUUUAAGGAUAAAAAGCAGUUCUUUCUGUGCCUGGAACGAAAAACUCAUCUGUUAUGGCUGCCCGGUCAGAUUGUGUAUGCUGUGAAUUGCUUGGUGUAUCUGUUCCUCAAAUGUGCGGUGCGCAAUCAGGCUUAAUAGUCACAUCUAUAGCCAAGACUAGAGCAGAGAUGGUUUUCCAUCCACCUUCCCAUAUGUCAUGACUUCUUGUUCUAUUCCACCUCCAUGUUGCUGCUUCUCUCCCUCUUUUGGUAAAAAUUGCUCUAGUUAGAGCAGUGGCCUUCAACCGGUGGACUGAUCCCAGCCUGAUCUAAGGUGUGUCCCAAUAGCAGCACUACCACAAUACAAAUAUAUAGCAGAAAAUAUAAGAAGAAAUGGGUCCCCAAACACAUGUUUGGGUUAUAGGUGGAUCCUGUGUGGGGGUAGCACUUACAGUACUGCUGACAUUGCUGUAGAGCACCCUUUGUGCAUCUUAUGCCCUCCAGCUCCUGGGGCUGACGGGAAUUGUCAUCCAAAACAUCUGGAGGAUACCAGUUUCACAAAAGCUGCUCUCGGCGACACUGGAGCAGGCUUAGCCAUGCAGAACAUGUUCUCUCUCCUGCAUCAAGGGAGAAAAGAGUUGGCUUGAACCCUUUAAAACAUUCUGUGUGGAUGAAACCACAGGGGCAAGUGCCACCAAAAAACCAGGUAGAGCAUUCUAGGCUGGUUGCCCUCCUGCUGUGUGCCCCUUGCUUGCCCCUGCAGAUGGCAGUUGCUCUCAGCAGGCCAGCUGAGUGUCUUGUUUCCUUCCCCCUGCUGUGCUCAGCUGCCAAGAGGAAUCCAGCAGCUGCCUCACAAGGUUGCAGGAUGCCUGCUGUGUCACUUGUAUCAGCUCAUUUCCUUUCAGAUCUCCCUAGGGUGUCUUCGCCCCCACCCCCCCCAAAAAAAAUUGACUCCAGUGACUCACUGGGAAUUAUAUUCCUACUUGGUCUUCUUUGGCUGGAGAGAGUGUUUGCAGAAACUACCUAGCAGCCUCCUGCCUUGCUCGGGAUGAUCUUGGCAGUUACUCCGGUGGUCUUUCAAGACCCAUCUCCCUGCUGUACACACAUACACACACUUUGUAGGUUUCCAUAGUUAAUGGAAACUUCAGCAAGUUGUUUUGUAAUCAGCAUGUAAGUGUGGAACAGCCUGGGGAACUCCUUUGCAUUUUUGGCUUUUUUUUUUUUUUGGCUGAAAGGAAGUGGAAACCUUAUUCUGCUCUUAUUAUCCUUUAUCUCAUUUCAGGCAGCACCAUGAGACUAUUAAGUCAUGAAUAGGAUGGCUGUGUGUCCUACUUUACUGAAGACAGGCCUCUGUUUGAAGGGCUGUCAAAAGACGGUCUUAUAUUUGAAGGGCUGCUCAGUCUAAGUCUGGUUUAAAGACAAAAGAGCCAUUAGAAGGCAGGGCAGAGGCCUUGAAGUUGCCCAUUCACAAUUAGCAUCUGGCUGGCAGACUAGGGGCACAAGUCACCUAGUCACAGUCUUUCCCACUAUGGUGAGAUUUAUUUCUAUGAAUUACAGAAAUUGUUUCUACAUUUGCAGCAAUACAUAUCUCUUAUUAUAUGCAAAUAUUAUGCAAAUCUGUCCUCUUUUUGGGUGUGAUGCAUUUCCUUUUUUCUGGCGAUAUGCAAGUUUGUUAACCUAGUCAGUUCACCUAUAUCCUUCCUUUCCUCCAAGGAACUCAAGGUGGCAAUUAUGGUUCCCUCCCUCCUCCCCUUGUUAUCCUUACAAUAACCUUGUAAGGUUAGGCGGAGAGAUAGUAACUCUUCCAGGGUGACCCCGUGAGCUUCUAGUCCUGGUCUGAGAGGUGUAACCACUGUACCGUCCUGGUUCUCUCCUGAGCUGAGUGAGAAAAGGACUCCACUUAAAAGGCUUGUUGAAAAAGAAAUGUCUUCAGUAGGCACCAAAAAGAUAACAGAGAUUUAAGGGCCCACAACCCUAAAAGUCUGAUUCCUAUGUUGUGUAUAAAAACCUCCUGAUGAAAUAAAAGGAACCAUUUGUCUGUGAGUGGAAAGGAACACAGUAUUCAACUAUGGAUAGAGAGGAGUGCUGGUUCUAUACCACUCCCUCAUCAUCCAUCAUGAAGGCAAACCCAACU